AUGAAGAGAUACAUAUGAAAAGGGCGGGGCUUGGCGGCCCGGACUUCCGCUUAGAUUUGUCAAGCUGUCACCUGGUGCCUGUUACUGUUCUCCGCGCUGCUCCGGAUCGCUCAAUCACAGUCGACUGCGAUCGCCAGUGGAGGCAGAGGCCGCGGUGCGGUGACUGAGCCGUGAUUCUCAGCGAAACUCUCAGCGUCGAGCCUGAAGCCUGCAGUCAUCCGGACCCUGUUCCCACAGAAGAGCAGAGCGAACAUUACUCCUCAGCAUCAGCUUUACGAUCGCAGGGAAACAUGGUUCAGUCCUGCUCGGCGUACGGAUGCAAAAACAGAUACCACAAAGACAAAAACAUCUCCUUUCAUAAGUUUCCUCUGGCCCGGCCGGACGUCUGUGGGAAAUGGCUGGCCGCUAUGAAGAGAAGAAACUUCAAGCCCAGCAAGUACAGCAACAUCUGCUCUCAGCACUUCACCAGAGACUGCUUCAAGCGCGAGUGCAACAACCGUGUGCUGAAGGACAACGCCGUGCCCUCGCUCUUCUCCUCCAGCAGACUGCAGAUGCAGGCAGCGCCUCUGGAGGAAACAUUGAGCCCAGACAUGGAGUUUUCUCUGAGCCUGCCGCUGUCUGACGCCGAAGAGACGCCGGCGGUGCGUCCGUCUGAAGCAGAGCUCUGCCCGUCCACAGCCCUGCCGGACCUCCACACCAGCGCCUUCGUCUCCUGCGACCACAACUACACGGUGGAGGACACGCUGCAGCAGAAGAGACGCAUCGAGCAGCUGCAGGAGCAGAUGGAGAAGCUGCGCAAGAGACUGAAGACGGUGCAGCAGAAGUGCAGGCGGCAGGAGAGGCAGCUGGAGCGCUUCAGAGCCAUGAGCGAGGUCCAGAGGGACGCGGCGCUGGGAGACAGCUACGUUAUCCUGCCCAAAGAGAUCUACGACGUCCUGAAAGGAAUAGAGACCAUCGGAGAGCAUGUCAUAACGCAGAGGAUCCAGACUCUUCCAGACUCUCAGCGCUUUAUUCACUCACCCGCUGAAGGUAAAGACAUCAUGUCCAUCGCACUCAAACAAGUGUUUAACAAAGACAAGACGUUCCGGCCCAAGCGUAAGUUCGAGCCGGGCACGCAGCGCUUCGAUCUGCACAAGCGGGCGCAGGCGUCUCUGAGCUCGGGGCUGGAUCUGAGAGCAGCGGUGAAGCUGCCUCAGGGCGAGGAUCUGAACGAUUGGGUGGCUGUGCACGUGGUGGACUUCUUCAACCGCAUCAACCUCAUCUACGGCACAGUGUGCGAGUUCUGCAUGGAAAAGAGCUGUCCGGUGAUGUCCGGCGGCCCGCGCUACGAGUACCGAUGGCAGGACGAGCACAAGUACAAGAAGCCCACACCACUGCCGGCGCCUCAGUACAUGAACCUGCUGAUGGACUGGAUAGAGAUGCAGAUCAAUAACGAGGACAUCUUCCCCACCAGCAUUG